GCCUUCCAGACCCACGCUCCGAAGCUUCCUUCUCCUUCUCGACGAUUCCCGAGCGAUCUCUCCCCCCUCUCUCUCUCUCUCUCGCUCGCACUUGUAUAUAUGGGGGCAACCUCCUUUCCCACGGCAGAGAAAGCGAGAAAGGAGCACAGCAGAGAAGAAGCGACUGAAGCCACUAGCUAACGGAGAUGGAUGUGAGAAUGGUCGGUCUGGAUGGUCCUUUGUUGUCGACGCUGCAGCACCUGAUGGACAUGCCUGACGAGAUGGAGAAGACCUUCGGCGGGCCCAGCCACACCUACGUCCGCGACGCCAAGGCCAUGGCCACCACCCCGGCCGACGUCAAGGAGCUCCCCGGCGCCUACGUCUUCGUCGUGGACAUGCCGGGACUCAAGGGGGGCGAGAUCAAGGUCCAGGUCGAGGACGGCCGCGUCCUCGUCGUCAGCGGCGAGCGCAAGCGAGGCCCCGACGGGGAGGAUGGCAAGGACGGCGGGGUCAAGUACCUGCGGAUGGAGCGCCGCGUCGGCAAGUUCAUGCGCAAGUUCUCCCUCCCCGAUAACGCCGACGUCGACGCUAUUUCGGCGGUGUGCCAGGACGGUGUGCUCACCGUCACCGUCCAGAAGGUGCCGCCGCCGGAGCCCAAGAAGCCCAAAACCAUCGAGGUCAAGGUCGCCUGAUUACUAACUAAAUCAUCGUUACUACUUUGCUAUGGAGUGACGCAAUUACUACUACUCUUUACUUUCCAUGUCUGCUUUCGACGUCUUUGUGGUGUUUGGGGGUGUGGUUCGCAACCCCGUUUGGUAGCUCGAUGUGAGCAAAUCGUAUUAUGAAUCAAUCUAUGGUGUUUGUGGAA